AACGCAGCUCCGGGAGCGGCACACUUCCUUCCGACCUACAAGAGUGGCUCACCGAUCUUGGUUAUACUCUGGAAUUGACUACGAGGAUCAUUUGUACUAGUGGUGACAGUCCCCAAGACGAUAUUGCGUGGGUUACGAUAAGGCAAAGAGGAUUGAAAUGUUGAAAUCAGUCGUCCGACGAACGCCAUCAUGUGGCGUCCUUCUUCCGAUGCCACGAUCUCUCGAGUCAAUUCUCAACAAGCGCGCUGUCUUCACAGCGCGGUCAGCGGUCGUUCCUGGUGGAAGGGAGCGAGCAACAGCAGGCAACUGCAUGUGCUGGAGUGAAGAUCAUCAAUUCCGGGCCGGGUUCUGCUCUAGCCUCUGGUCUGUGAUCAUCGCACACUAUGUGAUCCCAAGUCAACGCGUAGAUCCAAGUAAGGAUGGCCUAAGAACCGCAUCACCGCCUUUUAGGACAGACUUAUCGACGUGGGUCACGUUCGUACUCAGGGAUCAGAGAUCCAUGAGUUAACGAAUGUCAAAUGGGGUAAAGGAAAAGGAUGGCUUCCAAACGCUUGGACCUGAACAUACCCGCUGCCUGGUUCAUUUCCUUACUGUCCUGAACAUCGGGUGUGCCUCGCUUCAAGGCUUAUUCAUCGUGCAAGCACAAUCUAUGGCUUUCUCCGAUUAGACGAUUUCUAAAGGAGAGCUGAAUCGACUCUUCAGUUCUGAUUCGAUUAGGAACCCAAGGAUUCACAUUGGAUGGCUGGCUAAUUGAGUUGGUUUUGUCAGGCCGAGAGAGUAAUCAGUAAAGAUUGACAAAGAAUGAAUGUCACAUAUUUCCGUUUACAUAACCUCAGCUUC